CCUCAGUCUCAACCUGUAACGCCCACCAUCACCACCACCGCCGCCUCAGCCGGCAUACUCUCUCUCUCCAAUCCCACUGCCACAAACCCAAAACCAUGGCAGAAUUCUUGGACUUAGAAUCCCAAGACGCCGUGCGAAUGCCAUGGAACGUUCUACCAGGCACAAAAGCAGAAUCGGGACAGUGUAUAAUACCGAUCUCCGCCAUCUACACCCCACUCAAGCCUUUCCCAACGAUGCCAGUCCUCCCUUACGCUCCUCUACGGUGCCGGAACUGCCGAUCGGUGCUAAACCCAUUUUCGAUCGUCGAUUUUUCCACCAAGAUCUGGAUCUGUUCUUUUUGUCUUCAUCGCAACCACUUCCCCCAACACUACCACUCUAUUUCCGAGACUAAUCUUCCUGCUGAGCUAUUUCCUCAGUACACCACGAUUGAGUAUGAGUCUCCUACUGAGAAAUCGACGACUCCACCUGUGUUUUUCUUUGUUGUUGAUACGUGUGUGAUUGAAGAGGAAAUUGGGUACUUGAAAUCGGCACUAAUGCAGACAGUUGGGAUGGUGCCAGAGAAUUCGUUGAUUGGGUUGAUAACGUUCGGGACAUAUGUGCACGUUCAUGAGUUGGGAUUUGGGCAGAUUCCCAAGGUUUAUGUGUUUAAGGGGUCGAAGGAGGUGACCAAAGAUCUGGUGUUGGAGCAGAUGGGUUUUUUUGCAAAGAAGCCAAAGCCUACGGCAGGGGUUAUUGCAGGGGUUAGGGAUGGGCUCUCGCAUGAGAGUAUUUCGAGGUUCUUGUUGCCUGCUUCUGAAUGCGAGUUUGUGCUCAAUUCAGUAUUGGAAGAGCUUCCAAAAGAUCCUUGGCCUGUGCCACCAGAUCAGCGGGCAGGUAGGUGCACUGGCACUGCAUUGAGUGUGGCUGCACAUUUGUUGGGAGUGUGUGUUCCAGGUUCUGGGGCUAGAAUUAUGGCAUUUUUAGGUGGACCAUCAACGGAAGGGCCUGGCGCUAUUGUCUCGAAAAUUUUUUCUGAACCCAUACGGUCUCACAAGGACCUGGAUAAAGAUGCUGCCCCACAUUUUCAUAAAGCUGUCAAGUUCUAUGAAGGACUUUCAAAGCAACUCGUACAUCAGGGGCAUGUACUCGAUGUAUUUGCUUGUGCCCUUGACCAGGUGGGAAUUGCUGAACUUAAAGUGGCAGUUGAAAAAACAGGAGGCCUCGUUGUGCUUGCAGAAAGUUUUGGCCAUUCUGUUUUUAAGGAUUCUCUAAAACGUGUUUUCCAGUCUGGUGACAAUGAUCUUUGUCUAUCAUCAAAUGGUAUAUUUGAGGUGAACUGCUCAAAGGAUAUCAAAAUUCAGGGCAUUAUUGGUCCUUGUGCAUCACUUGAAAAGAAAGGUCCUUUGUGCUCUGAAACUGUUGUUGGCCAGGGGAAUACCACUGCAUGGAAGAUGUGUGGCCUUGACAAAGCUACAUCCUUGUGUUUAAUAUUUGAAAUUGUAAAAAAGGAGAGCCCUGAUGCUAUUGGUCAAUCAGCAAACAAUCAGUUUUACUUCCAAUUUUUAACUUAUUAUCAGCAUAGCAGUGGACAAAUGAGACUUCGUGCUACUACUCUAUCAAGAAGAUGGGUUGCUGGAACUGGAAGCAUACAGGCAAGCCUUUUUGUGUUAUUUGUCACCAUUAUGAGAUAUUGUAAGAAAUCGGAGUCAAAUCGUUUCACUCGAACAGAGUUGGACCGAGUCCGGCCAAGUCGGAGAUCCUGUACAGCUACAUACAGCGGCAGUAGUACAACCAUUUCUUCUUCAUUCAAGCGUCAGAGCAUUAGCCCUUCUCUUUUUCUUCUCACAGGCAACACCAACGAAGGGGUUCUCGCUCUCUUGUCGCUUGGAACUUCUGUGUCUUGGUUGGACCUAAUUGCUGGAUUUGACCAAGAAGCCGCUGCCGCAGUCAUGGCACGCCAAGUUUCUUUCAAAAUGGAAACUGAGGUUCUGGUUUGCAGUUUUUAG